AGAGUAAAACCGUUGUUCGCGGGGCAGGAUUACUACCUCUUCUGUCUACAUCGAGAACACAAACCUCGUAAAAGAGAAAAAGAAUACGGAUCGCGUUCAAAACGGGAAAUAACUUCUGGACGUUGUCACUCUCCUUCUACAUCUAAACAAGCAGGAAAGAUGAUGAUGGACACGUCAACGAAGCAGAUGGCCAACUGGGAGCGACUGCGUAAUGAAGCUCGGCAGACGGAUCAGCUCAUUGAGCAGCAGCUACGGCGACUGGAAAGCGUAGCGCUCUUUGACGAAUCAAAGAUAUUGAAUAGCGAUGAGGCAUCGACCCCCGUCAAUGGCAGCAGCUCUGCCGCCGUCUCCUCCCCGUUCCUAGGUGCCAGCUCGAGCGUUCAUCACCAUAGCGGCAGCAGCACUAACUCCCCGCCCGCUGCGCAGUCCAUUGACGACCUGGAGUAUCAAUACCGCAGUGCCGAUCGUGAGAUUGAAGAGUCGCUGGGUCGUUUGCAGCAGACAAUCGCGAGCAUGGACGACGUGUGCCGAGAGCUGGGUCCCACUUCAGCGGCAGUGCGGCACACGGAGCGCUUCCACGGCCUCCUCGUGGAAAAGCAAAGUACGCGGCGUCGACUUGCAGCGGAGUUCCGCCAGCGCAAGGACCGUCACGAGCUUGCGGUAUCGCGGCGUGCCGGCGACGCCCGCCGGCGUGGCAGUGGCGAGGACGAUGGCGCCGGUGUGCGCAUCCUGAUGGACGAGCAGACCUCCAUUCAGCACUCCCUCAGCCGUGUGAACGGCCUGAUGGAGCAGGCAGAAGGCACGCGAGAUCGACUGCGCGUGCAACGGGAGCGCUUCAACGACAUGGGCGACAAGUUGGUGCUUAUUGCGGAGCGCAUUCCUUUUGUGAAGAAUGUGCUGCACCGCAUUGAUGUACGGCGCCGACGCGAGGUGGUUGUGCUUGGCUCCGUCAUGUCCUCUCUCAUGUUCAUCUUCUUCUUUUUCUUGUGA